AAGAGACCACUUUGCUUUGGAGUUUGGACUUAGUUCACAACUGGGUUUCAGUCAUUCAGCAGUGUACAUGUGUUGAUCCUUGAGAGCAUUCAAUACCAUGAUAUUGUUCUUUUUGUUUAGUUCAUUAUGAGUUCCAAAUUGUUCAAUUAUUGAAAGUGGGGUGGUUUGAAGACUUGAACUGCCCUUUUUUAAUCUAGAGUCUUAGACCUUUGUGGCAUGGAAACUUGUUUGUGAGAGUUUUUGGAAGAUGGGGUUUGGGAAUAAUGCAGUUCAAGCAGGGAGUUUGGAUGUGGACAAGUUAAAGGGAAGGAAGAAGGAGGGUAGUGCAGAGAAGGAGAGAAGAAGGUGGUUUAGAUUCAAUUUCUUUGGGAGCUGCAUACCUUCAAGAUCAAAAGUUGAUAGCACCAUAAGUGGCACUAGUGCCCAUAAUGGUGAAAAUAAUAUCCUGAAGUCAGUGAUAAUUGAAUCAGAGGGAAACAAAUCUUCUUUUGAAAAAAUCUCAAAGGAAACAGUUGCUCCUCCAGAAUCCUCUAUAACAACUAGUGAGGCAGAAAGUAUCCCUUCCACACCGAAAGUCAGUGAGGAGUUGAAGGUUGCUUCUUGUUUGAGAAAAUUCACAUUCAAUGGGCUUAAGGUGGCAACUAGGAAUUUCAGACCAGAGAGUCUUCUUGGUGAGGGAGGGUUUGGUUGUGUCUUCAAGGGUUGGAUCGAGGAGAACGGAACAGCACCUGUGAAACCAGGUACUGGGCUUACGGUUGCGGUCAAGACCCUCAACCACAAUGGACAUCAGGGUCACAAAGAGUGGCUUGCUGAAUUAAAUUAUCUUGGUGAUCUUGUCCAUCCUAAUCUUGUUAAAUUGAUUGGUUUCUGCAUUGAAGAUGACCAAAGGUUAUUGGUUUAUGAGUUUAUGCCCCGAGGAAGUUUGGAGAACCACCUCUUUAGAAGGCCCCUACCUCUUCCUUGGUCUAUCAGAAUGAAAAUUGCAGUUGGUGCUGCAAAAGGUCUUGCUUUUCUCCAUGAAGAAGCUCGGAGGCCAAUAAUAUAUCGUGAUUUCAAAACAUCUAAUAUACUAUUAGAUGCGGAAUACAAUGCUAAGCUUUCUGAUUUUGGACUUGCCAAAGAUGGUCCUGAGGGAGAAAAGACACAUGUAUCAACAAGAGUUAUGGGAACAUAUGGUUAUGCUGCUCCAGAGUAUGUGAUGACUGGACAUUUGACAUCAAAAAGUGAUGUCUACAGCUUUGGAGUUGUGCUACUGGAGUUGCUCACUGGCCGGCGAUCAAUUGACAAGAGAAGACCAAAUGGAGAACACAAUCUGGUAGAAUGGGCAAGACCUGUACUUGGAGACCGGAGGAUGUUCUACCGGAUAAUUGAUCCCCGCCUUGAAGGUCACUUCUCAGUUAAAGGAGCACAGAAAUCUGCACAGCUGGCCGCUCAAUGCCUUAGCCGUGAUCCAAAAUCUAGACCUUUGAUGAGCGAAGUUGUUCAAGCCUUAAAGCCUUUACCAAACCUCAAGGAUAUGGCUAUCUCAUCUUAUCACUUCCAAGCAGCACGAGUAGAUCGUACCAUGUCCAUGCCAAAUCAUAAAAAUGUUAUCAAAACACAGUUAGUUUCUGUGCCAAGGAAGGGUCAACCUAUAAAAACCUUGACAAGUCCAAAUUGUCCACAUGGUUCUCCAUAUCUUCAUUACAGAAAGUCUCCAAAACCAGUUAGGUAAAAGAAUCACUGUUCAGUGUUCACUUUUUUUAAUUUGAUUCUCUAUUCAUUCAGUUCCCUCAAAUUUGGCGAUUAGCUGAACAGAAACUGUUGUGUCUAGAGUGUUUCUCUGAAACCUUAGGCAAUUGUUAAAGUCUUUUAUCAUUAUAAAAUCUCAUAUAAGGUCAGUGCAUGACAAAUAGGAAGAACAAACUGUCAUAUACAGCUUUCAAGUGAGGGAAUUGUUAUUCACUGAACUCCUUUAACUUUUCAACCAUAUCAUGUGUUUACUUCCUGUCAGACUGUAUUUUUUGUAAAGAAGUAAAAGAGCGCAGUGUUAACUUGUGUUAGUCAUAGAUUUUUACAUACUUAUUUGACAUUAUAUGUUUCAGUAAAUACUUACUGGUGUAAUCAAAUGUUGUUAGAGAAACAUGCUAGAGUUUUGAACAACUUAAAAAGUGCUUAGUCUGCAGGGUUCUUUCCUUUUUGGUGAUUUAAGGCUUGUGGUUUACUUUUGGUUUGUUAAAUAUGUUGCCUGUUUAGAAAGAGCUUUGUUUCUUUGUAAAAUGGAUUCAUUGUUUAUUGCAAUUGUGUAAUGAUACCUUCAAAUUUCUUGCACUCAUAACACUGUGCUGUGAAAUGUUAUUUGAGAGUUUGGAUAUUCUCAUUUGAUCUGCUCAUGUUACACUUAAAUAGAGGCAUUGGUACAAUUGCUAGCUGCAAAUGCAACUGUUUCCAUUGCAAUCUGCAUGCAUGGGAAGAUUGUGAGAGCUUCUAUAGAGUUUGUAUAAGUUGUUUUCAGUUUAUUUUAGUAUACUUCUUAUAAAAGCUUA